ACCAAUCAGCAGCGCCGUGUGACGCGGAAGUGCAAUGGCGGCGAAUAGAGCGGGUCUGGAGUCCGGCAAAGAGAGUAAACAAGGCAUUAACCACAGCGGACAAACGAGUCAUAACGAGGAGCUUAAAAGCUCUUUCAAAGACUGUUUCUCUUCCCUCCUCGACUCCAUCGCCGAGUUCGGUCCUGAGCUCAAAGUAUGUGCUGGAGUGUUAAGCAUCACUGCCAACGUGAGCACUGUUAACUUCUCUGACCUGAAGCCAUCCCAUGUGUACAACUGUUUACAAAGGCACAUUGCCAAGUUACAGGUAAUAUCUUCAAAUCUUAAGCAAAUUGUGGAAUUAGAGAGCCUGUCUACCUCAGUCAAUAGUAAAACAACAGGAACAUCUAGCAAAGAGCUAGCAACAACAACUGAAAAAGAGAUGGAGGUAGACGCAGUGCACAUUCCAACCACAUCACAAGAUCACACUGCCUCCACAAAAACUGGGAAGGCCCAGGUUGAUGACAGCAGUGUUCAGAUCAAAGCUGGGAAAGCUGAGAUUGAACGGAGGAUAUCUGCAUUUAUAGAGCGCAAACAGCUGGAGAUCAAUGAAAACAAUGUGCGGGAGUUUUGCAAUGUGAUCGACUGCAAUCAGGAAAACAGUUGUGCCAGAACAGAUGCUGUCUUCACACCAUAUCCUGGUUUCAAGAGUCAUGUCAAAGUGACACGAGUGGUGAAUACAUAUGGCCCCCAGACUAGAGGGGGGCGCUCUGAACAGGGAGAGCAGCUGGGCUCAUUCAGUAGAGACUGUGGAAACCCCGCCAUUGAAGAGCGACUGCACAACAUAGAGGCCCACCUGAAGCUAACAGCAGCGGGUCCCGUACCACAGAGCAUUUACCAGCGGCUGAAGAAGCUAGAGGAUCGAAUUCUGGAGCUUGAGGGUCUUUCCCCAGAGUACUUCCACUCCACAGUGAGUAGCGAGGAGAGAAGCGGAGAGGAUGUGUUUGUAUGUUGUAGGGGGGGAAAUAAAUACAAAUUGAAUUCUUCAGAGGAGCGUAGCACUGUGGAAUUGUAUAGGUUUCAAAUCAGUUUGUUUGAAGCAGUCACAAUACAUGUUGAAAACUCAAAGUAAUUUCUGUAGCAGGAUGAGUUAUUAUGAAACAUGUCUCAAGUAUCAUGGAAGAACUCGCAAGUGUUUUCUUAAUUUAUAAAAUCCUAGACACCUUUAUUAGUUUAGCUGUACAAUGCGCAAAGCCCAUGGAAAUAACAGUAGAAGACAAUCAUUGAUUUCACAAACUUCAGCUUGUGUGUAAAGACAAUGUUUUGGAGAUUUUGCCUAGAUUAGCAUUAAUAGAGGCUUCCUGAUGCCGGUGGCUUUUGAAGAGCUUGGCCACUUUAGCUUCUGUGUGCCACUCUUUCUCUUACAGUAUACAUAUACUUGCCAUCCUGCAGACUUUUGGCUUAUGUGUAUUUUUUCCUCCACUCACGACAGUCAACCAGAGAGUUCUUCAAAGCCAUUAAAAGCUGAUAUGAGUGAUAUUUUUUCCCCUCUCUUCAGAAUUUGUUAUCCAUGUCAGAUUGUAGCCCAUCAAAGUUAGCUGAGUAAGUGCUCUUGAACCAUUCUACGCCUCCUCACACUGGCUUCACUUAGUUCAGUGCAGAGCUGAGAGCUAGCUGAUUUCCAUGUCCUUUAGUAAGUGUGUGUGUGUGUGUGUAGUGCCUAUAAAGUGGGGCAUUGAGUACACUGUAAAAUAUGCUGAUCUUUUUACUUUGUGCCAUUGCUUUUAGCACGUCCAGUGAAUUAAUUAAACCGCUGCGGUGGGGGCCAUUUGAUCUCGUUCCCAAAUGUGUUUAUAUCCACGCUGAAAAGUGAUUGAAAUUAAGCUGAGUUGCUAGUAGCUGAUGAGAGGAGAUGGACAGAAUAGAUGAGGGGGACACUGGGUGUCAGAAUGAAUGUUGAUGGCCUCUUCUGCACAGCGCCAAUCAGUACUGUGCAAAGAUUGGCUUGCCUGGCUACUGUUGAUGAAAGUCAGUUAACAGUAACUGUUAAUGUUGAUUGCCUUACAGUAAUAUAAAAUAUUGAAUGAUACAAGUUUAUGUCCCGUAGCAGGAUGUCUAUGCUGGCAGCUGCAAUCUCCCACUUUAUAAUUACUAUAUAAUUAUAAUAAUAAUAUAAUUACAUUAUAAUGAUGUCAGAUAAGCUCUUGAUCUACACUUAUGUCCAAAAGUUUUAAACACUUGAUUAUCCAGAGUUUCUUAUGAAAUUGAGGGUAUUAAUAAGGAGUUUGUCCCAAUGUUGCUGCAGUAACAGCCUUUGGGAACUCUUGUGGGAAAGCUUCAUGCUAGAUGUUGGAACAUUGCUGUGAGUAUUGGAUUGUAUUCAGCCUCAAGUGUGAGGUCAGGUUCUGGUGAUGGGUGAUUAGUUCUGGAUCACAAACAUGCACUUUAAGUCAUUCCAAACGUUUUGGGUAGGAUUCCAGAGAAUGCAGUUAUAUUGCUCUCUGGUCCAAUGCUAUGGGGCUUUAUUAUACCUCCUCUAACCGAUGCUUGUCAUUGGGCACAGUGACCUCAGGCUCAUGUGCAGCUUCUCCAGAGCAUCCCAUUGUAUUGGCAGUGCUUUUCUGUGGAGAUUGAACAAGCUAUGUGUGCACAAACGAAUGCCUGUAUCAGCAAUGCAUGCACUUUAGAGUACCUGAGUUCACUAAAAGGGCUGUCUGUAUACUUUGGGACAUAUAGUUUAGUUUGAGUAGCCUGUUUUGAGUGGCAUGGUGUCUUUUGUCCCAGUUUUCUACAUCAGUAGUAGAAGAUUGUUUUGAUGUUUGUGUUGGUAGAUCAAAGAGUACUUAGAGGUAUAUAUUUACAUUUUAUGUGUUUGGCAGACACUCUUAUCCAAAGCAGCUGACAGUCAUGUUGCUAAGGUAGGCGUAGCAUUGAGAGUCUCCUCUUGGUGUAGUGUGGCGUGUUUGCCCAUGCUGGGAAUCGAACCCUACCCCAAUGAAGGGCAGCGAUAUUACCCACUAUGCCACACCAACUGCAGUUUUCUGGAGAAUUUUUUUCUUCUUGGAGAAUCUAUGCAGUUUUGUUUUUCCUUUCACUUA